AUGUCAGUUUUAGGCCAAAACCCGAACGAACGCAAAAAUGUCCCACCUUCCUACUCCUCUAUCUCUAGGGAAGAACAGAUGUUCUCAUUAACUGAAAGACCGUCAUGGAGUGAGAGACAUAAAGUGCUUUUGAUUGAGACUGCGCUGUUCACCAACGUCUUCUUGUCUGGAUUAGACAGCACUAUCAGUGCAUCAACGUACCAACUGAUCGGCAAUGAAUUUGGAGACGUAAAGCUUUCCAGUUGGAUUACAACUGCUUACUUGAUUACGUGUACUUCAUUCCAACCGCUUUAUGGAUCCUUUUCGGAUACACUAGGACGAAGGCAUUGCCUGUUUUUCGCAAAUACAAUAUUUGCGCUUGGCUGCUUUGGAUGUGGAACAACCACUACAAUAUAUUCCCUGAUUUUAAUGCGAGCACUAACGGGAAUAGGGGGCGGAGGUCUUAUCACUCUAUCAACUAUCAUCAAUUCUGACAUAAUACCAGCCAAGAAGCGUGGUAUCUAUCAAGCAUUUCAAAACGUUUUACUUGGAACUGGGGCAGUGGUUGGGGCAUCAUGCGGUGGGCUAAUUGCUACAACUAUGGGCUGGCGUUGGUGCUUCCUUUUACAGGUUCCAAUCUCAGUGGGAGGAACAUUGGUGGCAUUUUUCUUUGUACAUGACCAACGCCCAGAUAUUAAUGGCGGCGUCUCGGCUGUUCGAACUACGGGUUGGGAAAAGUUGGAAAAGAUUGACUUCUCUGGUGCACUUUUACUAGUAUUGGGCUUGGCUUGCCAGUUAUUCUUUUUGACACUAAACUCCACAUCGAAGAGUUCGGAAAGUUAUUGGUAUAGUCCACAAUCCAUUGUUCUCACACUAUCGACAGGUGUCUCUUUGAUCCUUUUUGCAUAUGUCGAACAUACGACGAAGGCCAAUCCAAUAAUACCUCAUGAUUUGCUAAGGCAAGCACACGGCGCAACAGUCCUAAUAAUAUCUGUACUGGUUGGGUUUGUUGCUUACGCUUAUAUUUUCACGCUUCCGCUGUAUUUCCAAGUUGUUAUUGGGGAUACAGCGGCAAAAGCAGGGCUUCGGUUGACGGUCCCGUCAUUUUGUACACCCAUAGGUGGUUUGAUAACGGGUUUGUCAAUGAAAAAUCCUAAUCAUUUACCAGUGCUCUUGAUUUCAGGCAUAACGUGUAUGCUUUUGGGUAAUUUAUGUUUUCUUUUCAUUAAACCCUGGACCCCUUACUGGCAGACAUCUUUGCUUUUAGUUCCUGCAAAUGUUGGUCAAGGUAUCACCUUUCCUUCCACUCUGUUCACUUUUCUCUUUGCUUUUCCGCCUUACAAGCAGGCCACCGCCACAUCCACGCUAUAUCUCUUCAGAAGUGUAGGGUGUGUUUGGGGUGUUGCUGGUACUUCAAGCUUAAUCCAGUAUGCGGUCCGUAACCAGGCAAAAAAGAGUUUGAAUGGGCUCCUCACUGAGAAAGAAAUCAGAAAACUAUUGUUGCAGCUCAGUCACACAACGUCACAGAUAAAAAAAUUACCACCUGAUGUACGCUCGGCUGUCAUAAGCAGUUAUGACAAUGCAAUUAGGCAAGCAUAUUUUCUUUCUGUUUUUCUCUGCACGAUUGCGAUUCUUCUAUCUUUUCUCAAAAGAGUCUUUAAGAAACGAGACGAACACGAAGGUCAAGAUUCAAACGAAACAGAAAAUAUGCAUAUUAGAAGAGAGUCAUUUACUUCUUUAAUAUGA